GCGGCUUCCGUCACGCAGGCGCAGUGGCGCGCGGGGAGGCGGCCGCCGAAGGCACGCCCCCUUCCUUCCGCCCUCCCCCUCUCGCGCCCCCCGGUGUGACGCAAGAAUCCCGGAGGAGGCGGGGCCGCGGCGGGUCAGCUGAUCGGCGACGGGGCUGCGGGGUGGAUGGUCCGCGCCGCCGAGGAAGGAGAGACUCGGAGGAGGAGCCGCCGCCGCCGCCGCGAUGCCGUCGGAGAAGAGCUUCAAGCAGCGACGCACCUUCGAACAGAGAGUAGAAGACGUCAGACUUAUUCGAGAGCAGCAUCCAACGAAGAUACCAGUAAUUAUUGAAAGGUAUAAAGGAGAGAAGCAACUUCCUGUUCUGGAUAAGACCAAGUUCCUGGUCCCAGAUCAUGUCAACAUGAGCGAGCUGAUCAAAAUUAUCAGGCGCCGCCUGCAGCUGAAUUCCAACCAAGCUUUCUUCUUACUGGUGAACGGACACAGCAUGGUGAGCGUUUCGACGCCCAUCUCGGAGGUGUACGAAAGCGAGAAGGAUGAAGAUGGCUUCCUGUACAUGGUGUAUGCCUCGCAGGAAACGUUUGGCACGCUGCCCUCCAUGUAAAUCAUAACCCGUGGCUUGUAGCCUAGGAUAGUUUUGACCCCUCCCUCCCACAGGAAAAAGAAAGGGACGUCCUCCACCUGCUCACCGUAGUCGUGCUUAGCGGGUGUUCCCAUCGUACCUUUGUUUUGUUUGUGAAUAUUGGAACAGAGGAGUGCCAGGACGGACAGACGGGGCCCAGCUUUGUCGGCCUGCUCCAAGUUCUCACGGGCAGGCUUGCUUUGCAGUCUCUGGAAUCAGAUGGAAAUCAUACCACGUGUAUUAAAGUUGCCAAUAAAAAAGGGAUGUUUAAGUUACUGUAAUCCUAGGAGCUGGGCUAGCACUUAAUAGCAAACUGAAACGCUUCGGCGUGACAUCUCCUUCUGUUAAGUCCUACUCAGAUCUCCCAACUUUUUGUUGUCGUUCUCCCAGAGAGGGAAGGAGUCAGGGUCUCUCUGCCUGGCCUUCUUUGCCAAGCUUUAUGAGAACAGAACAGAAAGGAGGCUAGUGUGGCACCCUUCCUGGAAGACGCUGGUUUCCAGCAGCAUGAAUCCCAAACUCGACCACAGAGUUCAUCCUGAUUAGUUGCAUGACAUUUGAUUUUAAUGGGAGGGUGAGUUUCCCCUUGCCUAACCAUGAAGGAAACCUAAACUUGCGUGAGAGCAGGUGACCGGUUGGUCACUGAAGCUUCCUGGUGGUUGUAUGGGGGGGUGGGGUGGGGGGGCUAACCAUUAACGUUGCUGCGAGCAGGAUUUUAUGUCCUAUGCAAAAGGGAAGAUACUUCAGCUCAAUGUCCUGCUUCCAGCUGAUUGUACAGUGAAAUGUAGCAGGGUGACUAAAACUGAACUCUUGUAUAUUACUGUGUGUGAAUUUAAAUGCAUCUGUAAUAGAAACCUAAUUUUUUGCUAAGUGGGUGGGGCAGGGAGAGCAACGCUACAUCUUGGCACACUGCUGGACAUCAGUUAUGUCUACAGGUUGUACCACUUGCAUGCAUCUGUUUAGUGCUCGCUUCUGAUUUUUAAAGCAUUCACUGUGAGCUUUCAAAUUGACUGUAAAAUUUUAUGAAUAGCUUGUCUUCUGUUCAGUUAAACAGUUUCUUGAUAGACAAA